CAAUUUACUUCUUCUUGGCUAAUACUUUCCUUCACUCGGCAGGUAAAAAGGACAGUCCGUCUCAUCACUGAGCAGAACAUUAUGUACGUGCGCUGUCUCUUCCUCCGCCUCUACCUUGACCUCCCCACCUUUGGCCUCGCUUUCCACUGCAGAGAUAAGCCUUCGGAGGUCGAAGGAUUCCCGCAGCGAUCUUGGCAUAUCGAGGUCUGGCUCGUGAAUGAGAAGGGCGCGCUCGUUCCGGCGAAUCUAUUCGACAGAGUCACUUUCCACCUGCACCCCAGUUUCGGUGACCGUGCUACUCAAGUCUUCAAGCAGCCCCCAUUCCGCAUCCAAGAGGAAGGAUGGGGUGAGUUUGACAUGUCGAUCGAGCUCACUGCCGACAAAUCCUACACCAUCCAACAUGACCUCAACUUCGCGCAAAACCGCUAUGAAAGCAAGCAUGUUCUGACUUUCAAGAACCCCAAGCCAGCCCUCUUAGCUGCUCUGCGUGAGUCCGGUCCCGUACCUGGAGAUGAGAACGGUCUCAAGGCCAAGCGCCCCGCCGGUGGUGAGGAGAGCGCCAAGAAGAAGAAGCGCACCGACAAGAAUGUGAGUGGCACUGAUUUCCGACAAGGUACCGACUGGCAGACUGACACAUCGAAGGUCGACAUGGAUAGGCUUGCCGAGGGCUUGCAGAAGCUUAACGAAGAUGAUCUCCUGCAGGUUGUUCAGAUGGUCCAUGACAACAAAGCAGCCGAUUCAUACACCAAGAAUGACGUUGAACUUGGAGAAUUCCACGUUGAUCUUUACACCCUACCGGACGCAUUGAUCAAAAUGCUUUGGGAUUUCACGACGGAACGCGGCGCCCUUUGA